AUGAUUACAGGGUUCUUGCUGAUCGGCACUGGCUUAGCCCUGGCUUAUCGAAGAAUAAAGAAAGCAGAAACGGCUGUUCAAAUCCCCACAAGGCUGCCCACUAUGUUGAUUGGAACAAUGGAGCGAGCUGUGGCUUCUCAGAAUGGGUUCAUUCUACGCAGCACGGAUGACAUCUUGGAGAAGCUUGUGGCUGCUGUGAAGGGAGACAUGCAAGCAUGGGACCUCUCAGACUCGCCAGACUCCGAAUUGCCCGAGUAUUACUUUGACACCCACUGUGAUGAUGUGAUGCUGAGGCUCAAGACAUUCCGAUUCAUCCCCGCCACACGCCUAUACGCUAAGGGAAAUGAGAGUAAGGAUAUAAGCACACUGCCCCACUCCACUGACGACCUGCUGUUGGCCAACACCCUCAACGACUCUUACUGCUGGUUUGAUGAGCCAUCAAGCAGCCUUGACACCUCCACCUUCCCCAACAAUAGAGACACUUUGGUCCAUCAUCCCCCCACCUCCCCACUCCCACCAGCACAGAGCCAUCACCACCAUCAAAGACUUCACCCACAGGAGCCCCCUCCUCACUCCACAGCUAUGAGGAUUUCACACCACCUUCUCCCACUACAACCCUUCAUAUUCAUGAUUGUUUCCUCUGUUUGGAAAGAGUUCCAGCUUCAUCACGGAGUUUCUCUCGGUUUGUGGGCUCAUCUAAAGGACCAACGUGGAUCGAGAAGUCAGCGCUCUCAGGAGGCCGACAAUUUUGUUGAAGAAGAAGAAGAACAAGUGGAAAAAUACAACCGUGACGAGUUUGGGGAAGAUUUCACUGUGAAAGCUUCCCUAAAAAUGCAUCAGGUCAUCCACACUGGAGAGAGACCAUUCAGCUGUGGAGACUGUGGAAAGUCUUUUACCAGGUCUGGAAGCUUAAAAACACACCAACUAAUCCACACUGGAGAGAGACCGUUCAGCUGUGACGAGUGUGGAAAGUCUUUUACCAGGUCUGGAAGCUUAAAAACACACCAACUUAUUCACACUGGAGAGAGACCGUUCAGCUGUGGCGAGUGUGGAGAGUCUUUUACCCACUCUGGAAACUUAAAAACACACCAACUCAUCCACACUGGAGAGAGACCGUUCAGCUGUGGAGUGUGUGGAAAGUCUUUUACGCAGUCUGGACACUUAAAAACACACCAACUGAUCCACAGUGGAGAGAGACCGUUCAGCUGUGGAGACUGUGGAAAGUCUUUCACCAGGUCUGAAAGCUUAAAAAGACACCAACUCAUCCACAGUGGAGAGAGACCUUUGAGCUGUGACGAGUGUGGAAAGUCUUUUACCAGGUCUGGAAGCUUAAAAACACACCAACUUAUUCACACUGGAGAGAGACCGUUCAGCUGUGGCGAGUGUGGAGAGUCUUUUACCCACUCUGGAAGCUUAAAAACACACCAACUUAUCCACACUGGAGAGAGACCGCUCUGCUGUGACAAGUGUGGAAAGUCUUUUACCCACUCUGGAAGCUUAAAAACACACCAACUCAUCCACACUGGAGAGAGACUGUUCAGCUGUGGAGAGUGUGGAAAGUCUUUUACCCAGUCUGGACACUUAAAAACACACCAACUGAUCCACAGUGGAGAGAGACCGCUCAGCUGUGGAGACUGUGGAAAGUCUUUCACCAGGUCUGAAAGCUUAAAAAGACACCAACUCACCCACAGUGGAGAGAGACCAUUCAGCUGUGACGAGUGUGGAAAGUCUUUUACGCAGUCUGGACACUUAAAAAGACACCAACUCAUCCACAGUGGAGAGAGACCAUUCAGCUGUGAUGAAUGUGGAAAGUCUUUUACCCACUCUGGAAACUUAAAAACACACCAACUCAUCCACACUGGAGAGAGACCGUUCAGCUGUGGAGACUGUGGAGAGUCUUUUACCCACUCUGGACACUUAAAAACACACCAACUCAUCCACAGUGGAGAGAGACCAUUCAGCUGUGACGAGUGUGGAAAGUCAUUUAUGCGCAUUUCAAACUUAAAAAGACACCAACUCAUCCACAGUGGAGUUAAAGCGUACACCUGUGAUCAGUGUGGCAGAGCUUUUACUCACAGUUACAGCUUACAGAGUCAUCUAGUUACCCACUCUGGAAUUAAGGCGUACAGCUGUGACAUUUGUGGAAAAACUUUCAGCCGGAUAGGGAGCCGAAAUACACACCUAUGCAUUCACACCAGACAUGAUGCGUACAGCUGUGAUCAGUGUGGUAAACAGUUUACCACAAACACAGAGUUACGACGUCACAUGUUUACCCACACUGAGGAACGACCUUAUAAAUGUGACCUGUGUGAGAAGACUUUUAAAUCUCCACGUUACCUGAAAGCACACCAACAGAUCCACACCAGAAAGACUCUACAAGUGCAGUUACUGUGAGGUAUGUAUUUAUAUUUUUAUCUUGUCAGCCCGACUGUUUGAAACA